AUGACCGUCAACGUUGUGUCUAGCAGCCAAGCGCUCGGCGGCGUCGGCGACGUCGUAGCGCACAAGGGGGAUCGCUUCGAAGAACUCGUGCUGGCGCUCAAGGACGCCCUUGGCCCGUCGUCGGGCUUGACGUCGGACGAUGUCGACGUCGGCUUCCUGAUGGAGCUCAUGCGCGACUAUGACGGCAGUGACAUGAAGUGGUCCAAGUAUGCAUUUGGCGACGGCAGCAGAGGCUACACUCGUAACCUCGUCGACGAAGGAAAUGGCAAAAGCAACCUGCUUGUACUCGUCUGGUCCCCAGGAAAGGGCAGCCCCAUCCACGACCACGGAAACGCGCACUGCGUCAUGAAGAUUCUGCGCGGCGAUCUCACUGAGACUCGCUACGCCUUCCCAGAGAAGGACGAGCCCGAGGGACAAAUGACUGUCAUCUCCGAGAAGACAUACAAGGAGAACCAAGUGACGUACAUGGCCGACGAGCUCGGCCUCCAUAGAGUAUCCAACCGUGGCAGCGACUUCGCUGUCUCGCUGCACUUGUACACUCCCCCCAACGUAGCGAAGGAGGGCUGCCACAUCUUUGACGAAAAGACUGGCAAGCGAAGCCAUGUGCCCGGCUGCAUGUACUUUUCCAUGUAUGGCCGCCUGGUCAAGGAAUAG